UCUGACCGCCCUGCUCAACAUGCCUCUGCAGCUGUUCCUGGACCUGCACUCACAGCCAUGUCGCUCCGUGUUCCUCUUCGCGAAAGUCAACAACAUACCGUUUGAGUUCAAGAAGGUGGACCUCACUGCAGGUCAACAGUACAGUGAUGAAUUUGGAAAGAUUAGUAUUAUCAGGAAGGUGCCGGUUAUGCGAGAUGGAGACUUCAUCUUGACAGAGAGCGUUGCGAUCCUGAUGUACAUGGUUCAAAAAUUCGGCACCCCGGAUCACUGGUACCCGGCGGACCUGCGGAAGCGCGCCCAAGUCAACGAGUACCUGUCCUGGCAGCAUAUGGCCAUGCGGCUCCAUGCUUCCAAGGUCUUCUGGUUCAGGGCCAUGGUUCCACUUAUUACCGGGGCAGAGGUUCCCAAGGAGAAGAUGGAUUCCGCGAUGGAGGACCUCAACUCCUCGUUGAAGUUCUUUGAAGAGAAGUUCCUCCAGGACCGACCCUUCAUCAUCGGGGAAAAGAUCUCACUGGCUGACCUGGUGGCCAUUGUGGAGAUCGUACAGCCCGUCGGCACGGGUCUGGACGUGUUCAAGGACAGGCCCAAGCUGAGCGCCUGGAGGGAGCGCGUGAAGAAGGAGCUGGGGCCCGCCGUGUUCGACGAGGCGCACGAGGUCAUCGCGAACGUACACAACCUGCGGCAGGCCUUUGAGAAGAACGGAAUGCUGGAGCUCUUCAAAACAAAGCUCCAGAAACUGUUCAACUGACAGUGUCCUCUUUUUCAAUACAAACACACCGACUCCA